AUGAAUGUUCAAGUAGAAAUGCAUAAUAAUGCAAGCUUUAGGAAUGUCGGAACUGUAUUCACGAUUGAUAAAAUUAGCUCUGACACCCUAGGAUUUCUAGUGCAUUGUUUGCAAAGGUAUAUCAGCAUUGAAACAUUAAAAUUGUGGGAUAGAAUAUUGGGUGUAAAAUGGAUUAUAGAAAAGAUUGAUAGAUAUAAGACCUGAGAAGUAAUCCUAGUUCGAAUAAUAAUACUUCAUAGUGAAGUCAUCGAUUUAUAA